GGUCUCACGCAGAGUCGAACUCGAGUAGUUGCGACGGGAGAGCUGCUGUGGCUGAGAGAGAGAGUGAGAAAGAGAGAGAGAGAGAGAGAGAGAGGGGACAUUUGUAUGGAUGUUAAGAGCGAGUCGCGGCUCCUCUCCUCUCCCAAAUGGCGCUGUCGCCAUCCUCAGCUGCCCUAAUUAAAGACGAGGAAAGGAGAUCACGCUGGCAAAACUAGGAUUCUUUUGCUCCUCUUUCUCUUCCUGUUCUGCUAAGGAGAAGAAUGGCGGUGCUUGCAAUGGCUUCUGGGAGCCUCCGAUUGAGUCCCGGUGUGAAGCUGGGAGGGCUCGGCUUGCCGUCUCUUUGGUGCUACUCGCUUGGUCGCUUCCGAUCUGGGGUCGCCACCUCCUCAAAAACCAGAUUACCAUCUUAUGUAGCCGUACGCACGCCUAGAGCUGCAUACCCAACUGCUGUUGAGGAUGGAUGUUCCAGUGAGACCAAUAGAAUUCCGACUCCCAAAGUUAUAAUAGAUCAGGACUCAGAUCCAGAUGCAACUAUUGUUGAGAUAACCUUUGGUGAUCGCCUUGGAACUCUUCUUGACACUAUGAAUUCCCUCAAGAACUUAGGUCUACAUGUUGUCAAGGCCAAUGUAUACUUGGAUUCUUCUGGAAAGCACAACAGAUUUGCAAUAACUAACAGGUACACCGGUCGUAAAAUUGAUGACCCAGAAUUGCUAGAAACAAUACGAUUGACAAUUAUCAACAACAUGCUCCAAUAUCACCCGGAGUCUAGCAGCCAAUUGGCUAUGGGAGCAACUUUUGGAGUGGAGCCACCCGAGCAGAAGGUUGAUGUGGAUAUUGCAACACGUAUCAAUAUUUAUGGUGAUGGACCUAACAGAAGCUUACUUGUGGUGGAGACAGCAGACCGUCCAGGGUUGUUGGUUGAUCUUGUUAAGAUCAUCACAGACAUAAAUAUCACUGUCCAAUCUGGAGAGUUUGACACUGAGGGACUGUUGGCUAAAGCAAAGUUCCAUGUCAGCUAUAGGAAUAAACCGAUCGGCAUGAGUUUGCAACAGGUUCUCUCUAAUAGCUUGCGUUAUUUCUUGAGGAGGCCGACAACAGAGGAUGCGAGCUUUUAGUCACUUGCCAGGACUAUUUCAUGAUGAUAUUCAAUAAGAGUUUGGGGCUAAACUUUCCCAUAUCGAUAAAGAACAAUGGUAUCAAAUGAUGUCUACGACAUGGAACAUUGCUAGCUAAUCUGUCUGAGAAAAAUGGUGACUGCACUCGAUACAAUUGGCAACGUUUUAAUAUCCCUUGGCUGCUUCCUUUCCCUC